GUUUAGGUGGGUCCAUGCCUUAGAUGCCUUCAUCACUGAGGUUCAUCCACAUGUAAUCCAAACUCCUAACCAUCCUAUCUAAAAGCUUAUCAAAAUUUCCCUGAAAAUUAUUUUCUCUUUAUUUAACAACUAAUAAUCAGCAUUUAAUUUGACAUUGCUCGAUUUUUCAAGUAUAAUCGUUCGUUUUCAAUGCCAGGAACUAUCCAUGUAUCGGUACUUGAAUUGGUGGGACUACCAUCUCCACCACAAUCUUCAUCCAUGGGUGUAAAGGUUUCUAUGGGAAAACAGGCACAUGAAAUGCAAGACAAUAAAGAAACUUCUUUUGCAUUAGCUUCUCUUCGGGACAAAUUGAAUGUGUCGAUACGUGACUCUGAAGGGAGUGAAAUAGCACAUACAGAUGUUGAAACUAGGUCCAUUGUCGAAAAAGGUACUUGGGAUGAUCUAUUCCCACUUAAAGACGGGGGGCAUAUCCGCAUGAGACUGCAUUUUAUCCUUACAGAAAAUGAGCUGAACCGGAUCCGUAGUAUGAGAGAAUCUGCAGCUCGGAAAAAGCAGGUGCAUCUUCAGAAGAAGAGUCAUAGUAGCUCAGAUUUAGCAGUUGCUUCUGGUGGUAGCCCUGCAUCUUCACAAGAUUCACUCAAGUCUCAGCAUCAGACUCAGGAAAGAAGUGUGGAACCAUCUGACGACCAAGCUAAAAUAAUAUUCACAGAUUCCAAUGAUGAAGUUUUGAACAAAGCUCAACCUGGUCAGAAGAAACAAGCCUUUUCCACCUCCAAAUCAACUGGGGCAUUGGAUAAGUUGCCGGCUUAUCAACAGCUGAAGGAAAGAAUUCAAGGACAUAACGUGGAGCAGCAGAGUCGGUCGAAUAAAAAACCUACCAAUGUAAGGAAUUUGAUGCUUGCUAUUGAAAGUAGUCCAGUGAAGGCAACAACUCAAUAUAGCGGUAGUACUAUGGUGGAUAUUCCUUCCAAAGUGCCAAUCUUAAAGAAGAUGGUUACUGUCAAUACUGAACCAGAUUUGUCCAAAUUAGAUUCAGCACCAGCUUCUGUAGCUCAAGAUCGGGAAGAGAUAGAAAAAGAAAGAAGGGAAACAUCACCUGAUACUAAUAAAUCAAAGAAAAUGGUUCAAUCAAGCAGUGAUACUACAUCGUAUAUUCCUGCCAAAGUGACAAACUUAAAGAAGGUUGUUAUCAAUACUGAACCAGUUGUCUCGAACUUAGAAUCAGCACCAGCUCUUUCAACUCAGGAAAAAGUAGGUGAAGAAAGAAGGGAAAGAUUACCUGUUACUGAUGAAACAAAGGAAUUGGGUCGAUUAAGGAGUAGUACUAGAGUGGAUAACCCUUUCAAAGUGCCAAUCUUAAAGAAGACAUCUUUUGCUAAUACUAAACCAGUUUUGUCCAAAUUUUUAACUGCAUCAGCUACUUCGACUACAGGGGAAAUAGGGAAAGAAAGAGGGAAAUUGUUUCCUGUUACAGAUAAAACAAAGGAAACAGAUAGGUCCAGCAGAAAUACAAUUGUGGAUACUCCUAAAGAACUAAUCUUAAAGAAGGCAGUUGCUGUAACUUCCAAAGCAGCUCCUAGUACUUCGACUCCAGAGGAGAUAGGAAAAGAGAAGUUGUUUCCCAGUAAAAAUAAAACUAAGGAAACAGGUCAGUUAAGCAGUAAUACGAGAGUGCAUACUCCCAUUAAAAUGCCAGUCUUAAAGAAGAUAGUUGCUUUGAGUUCCAAAACAGAUAUGUCCAAUUCAGAAUCAGCAUCAGCUUCUUCUACUUCAGAGAAAAUGGGGAAAGGAAGAGAGAAAGAUAAGGACUACGGAUCAACUCAUCUAGAGAUUUCAGAUGAGUAUAGCAUAUCUAAUACCCAACCUACAAGUGAAGAGAGUAGAGAGAAGAAAAAAGCUAUGAAAAAGUUGCAUUCAUCACCUAUUUCUGAAAAAAGUAUAUUUUCGUUGAAGACACUUCUUGAAGCACUACCGAGAAGAAAGCAGUAUUCUACUGAUUUGUUCCAUCAAAAGUAUGGAUAUACUACCAAUGACACUUUAGUUAUUGAUAAGAAAUGGAGAAGCAAGCAAUGGAAAUCUUCUCAAUGUAGAGCAUCUAAAUUGUUUGAUGGGAAUGAGCAUUGCUCAAUUGAUAGCUUACGCGGCUGGAUAUUUUUGGAUGAAAUGAUACGCUCAUGUGUUUUAAGUGAUGACAGUCCACUUCUGAAUGUUCCUGAAGAUUGUCUUUCCAAUUGCAGUCAAGAUAAUGAUCAAGAAAAGUUCACAGAUACUGGCCUCACCGAAAGAAAAAGUGAGAAAAGAUCUACUGGAUCAAAAAAUUUGGAGUCCAACGGACGGCCUGACAACAUAUCUUUUACUGGACCAGGCGGGCAGGUAAUGAAGAUCGCGAUCAUGGCAGGCUUUGGCCUCCUUGUAUUCCUCACAAGACAGGGAAAAUAAGAGGUCUUACAUUUGUAUUCGUUCAAAAGAUAAUACAGCCAAUGGGUAAUUUUGCGACCAGCUUAGGAUGCGCUUAACAUACAAAUACCCUGUAAAUCGACAUGUAUGUAAAAGUAUAUCAAACUGCAUUGUGCUAAUGUAAUUUCUAGUAUUGUAUUUAUUCAUCUUGCUGCAGACUCUUUUCAGAGUUUCAGGAAACCAUAUUCUCAGAUAAAAGGGAGAUAAUUGUUUUUUC